AUGGAGUACCAACCGUUUCUCAUCUUUAUUACUUUUAUGUGUGCAACCAUUCUUAUCUUCAUUCUUAGAAAAUUAAACCAAACUGAAAGUUCUACAAAACUUCCACCAGGGCCACAGCCACUUCCCAUCAUUGGUAACAUCUUAAAACUUGGCAAAAACCCACACAAAUCUCUCACAAAACUCUCUAAAAUAUAUGGACCAAUCAUGACACUGAAAUUAGGAACAAUAACAACAAUAGUAAUCUCAUCCCCACAAGUAGCCAAACAAGUCUUACAAGAAAAUUCACAAAUCUUCUCAAAUAGAACUAUUCCACAUGCUGGCUAUACUCAUGAUCAUGACAAAUUCUCACUUGUGUGGCUUCCAACAUUAGAUUUGUGGAGGAAACUAAGGAAAAUUUGUGCCACCAAAAUAUUUUCUACAAAAAUGCUUGAUUCAACAGAAGUUUUACGCCAACAAAAGUUGCAACAGUUAUUGAAUUAUGUGAAUGAAAAAAGCAAGAAAGGCGAGGCUUUUGAUAUUGGUGAGGCUGUUUUUACAACUGUUCUUAAUUCUAUUUCUAACACUUUGUUCUCUAUGGAUUUGGCUCAUGCUAUACAAGGAGAAGAGUCUCAAGGAUUUAAGAAAAUCAUUUGGGGUAUCAUGGAAGAAGCUGGAAAACCUAAUUUUUCAGAUUUCUUUCCUAUUCUUCGUCCCUUAGAUCUACAAGGUGUGUAUGCAAACGUCACCAAUUAUGUGAAGAAGUUGUAUAAGAUUUUUGAUGAAAUUAUUGAAGAAAGAAUUAGUUCAAGAUCUACCAAAGGUGAUUCUGAGGAUGUUUACAAUGAUGUGUUGGAUUCACUUCUUAAAAGCAACAACAUUGGAGAAACCGCGUUGGAAUUAAGUCGCGAUGAGAUGAUGCAUUUGUUUAUGGAUUUAUUUGUUGCUGGGAUUGACACAACAUCAAGCACAAUCGAAUGGAUUAUGACAGAGUUAUUACGCAAUCCUGAAAAAUUAACAAAAGCAAAAAAAGAGCUAUGUCAAGAAAUUGGAAAAGAUGAAGUAAUUGAAGAAUCACAUAUUAUCAAGUUACCUUUCUUACAAGCAGUUGUGAAGGAAACUCUUCGGUUGCACCCACCUGCUCCAUUUUUGCUACCCCAUAAAUGUGAUGAAAGUGUCAACAUAUUAGGCUUCAAUGUGCCAAAAAAUGCACAAAUAUUAGUCAAUGUUUGGGCCAUGGGAAGAGAUUCAACCAUUUGGAAAAAUCCAAAUAUGUUCAUACCUGAAAUAUUUUUGGAGUGUGACAUUAAUUACAAGGGUAAUAGUUUUGAGCUUAUACCAUUUGGGGCAAGCAAAAGAAUUUGUCCAGGAUUGCCUUUGGCUCAAAGGUCUGUGCACUUAAUGGUGGCAUCCCUUCUACAUAACUUUGAGUGGAAACUUAUUGAUGGGCUAAAGCCAGAAGAUAUGAAUAUGGAGGAAAAUUUUGGGUUAACCUUAAAAAUGGUUCAAUCUCUACGAGUUCAAGCUACUUCACGAGCUUAA